GCGCAAGCGCCGUUGCCGGUACGCCGCGCCACGGUGUGCGACGAUGGGCGAGAUGAACGGCGAAAAAAAGUCAUCGAGCUUUGCGAUCGCUGCGUUAGUCGCGCUCUAGUGUCACCGGAAGUCGAGUACGUACGAGACGCACCGCACACGGAUCAUCCCGUCGGAUAUUUUUGGUCGACUUUUAAUACACACAAGUUGAACAAAAAGCUACCAAAAUGGCGUUUGCCGGCCUCAAAAAGCAAAUUAAUAAAGCGAAUCAGUACAUGACUGAAAAAAUAGGUGGGGUUGAAGGGACAAAGCUUGAUGUAGACUUCGUGGAUAUGGAAAGGAAAACUGACGUUACUUACGAGCUGGUCGAAGAACUUCAGAUGAAAACCAAAGAAUUCUUGCAGCCGAAUCCUACGGCCAGAGCAAAAAUGGCAGCCGUCAAAGGCAUAUCGAAACUCAGUGGUCAGGCAAAAGCGUCCACCUAUCCACAGGCCGAAGGUACUCUUGGUGAUUGUCUGCUCAUGUAUGGUAAGAAGCUUGGCGAUGACAGCUUAUUUGGCCAAGCACUGCAGGAAAUGGGAGAAGCACUUAAGCAAAUGGCUGAUGUUAAGUACGCAUUAGACGACAAUACCAAACAAAACUUCCUCGAACCAUUACAUCAUUUACAAACCAAAGAUUUAAAAGAAGUGAUGCACCAUAGAAAGAAACUGCAGGGAAGAAGACUAGAUUACGACUGCAAACGUAGAAAACAAGCAAAAGGUUCACACGUUAGUGACGAGGAACUAAAACAAGCUGAAGAAAAAUUUGCAGAAUCGUUGCAUAGUGCUCAGAUAGGAAUGUUCAACUUGCUCGACAACGAUAUUGAACAAAUAUCUCAGCUAACUACAUUUGCGGAAGGUCUUCUCGAGUACCAUCAACAGUGUACCGAAAUUCUGAAACUGGCAGUAAUGGAAAUCCAGGAAAAGCGUGAUCAAGCCGCCAGCCGUCCGAAAUUAGAAUUUGUGCCUAAGACUUUGAACGAUUUACAUCCAGUGGAUGUUAUCGCGGAUGACAUUAAUGACGAGUACGAGUUGAUGGAACCACAGCUCGCACACGUCAAAGGUAGUUCACGAGCUUCAUCCCCGACUCACGCAAAGUCUAACACGCUGGAAUUAACGUCCGGAGCAAACCAUCACGAUAACCAGCAUCAACAACCACAUCACAAUGCAUCGCCAGUUUCUUCUCCAAUUAAGUCAGUUCAACGGCAAAUACCACGCAACUCGCCUUGUUGUACCGCGUUAUACGAUUUUGAGGCUGAGAAUCCAGGAGAAUUAGGAUUUAAGGAGGGCGAGACUAUAAUACUGCUGAACAGGGUCGACGAGAACUGGUACGAGGGCAGUACUAACGGCCGUACCGGAUACUUCCCAGUCACAUACGUACAAGUCGUGGUGGCUCUACCUUAAGCAACGCAACUGCUAUUGACGAAGACGACGACACCGAACAGACCACGACGCCAACUCCUCUACCCCCUGCCUAAGACUUGUUAAAAUAAAAAAAAGCAUCAUAGUUAUGUUAUAUUAUGUAAUGUCGCCCACAAGCGUAUAAAAUGUCGAUACGCUUGGUAUGUAGGUACCUAUACACCAACGACAUUGAAACAUUAUAAUAACAGUAUAUUUAUUAUGAUUUGUAAUAAUAUGAUCGAAAUACAAACCGAUUUAUUUGUGUAGUCGUGUGUGUGAGACGACUCUGUCGUCGUGUCGCUACGUAAAACUUACAUUUAAUCCCCUGGCAAUAAAUAAAAUGGUAUAAUAGAAACAGAAAAAAAUUACCAAUAUUAUAACACACGCUACUCGUUAAUUCCAUUCGGUUUUGUUGUUUGUAGGUGUAUAUUCUUCUUCUUCUAAUAUUACUAUAACUACUACUACUAUAAUACUACUAUUACUACUAUAAUUAUAAUUAUAUUUAUUAAUUAUUAAUUAUUAUUGUUAUCAUGAUAUUAUAUUAUAUUAUAUUCGUUGACCGCGUUUUAAGAUAAGAAUUCGAUGUGCGUUUGGCCAUGAAAAAAACAUUUAUUCACCAAAUUCGACCGUAGGUAUUAGUGUAUAGAUAGUAUUUUUUUUUUUGGACUUUUGAGAAUCUUAUUAUAUCGCGUUACGUUUUAACUUUUCUCUUCGGCUCUCUUGGCACUCUGUGCGUUUUCGACUAGAUAACACACGCGAAGGGAUACAUGUUUUAUUCGUGUAUUCUGUUGGUGCAAAGUUCAAGCUCAACUUGUCCCCCUGUGUUUUUCUACCGUGGUUAUAGUCACCCUAAUGGUAUUAUAUCUGUGUUCCCCUAGAUAUUACCGAUUACCAAGUAAUUUAUUAUUAUUAUGCAUUCAUUUUUUAUAUACCUAUAUUAAUCGUAAUAACUUUAUAUAUUAUUAUAUAUAAAAAAACAAAAAUUUCUUAAAAUUUCGCUUGUUACCAUUUGCUAAACAAAAUGUCUGUAAAUAAGUUUUCUGAUAAACAUUAGACAAUAAAUAUGUUAAAUACUUCAAGUGAAUAUUAAACAAAAAAAGUUAAAAAUAAGAUAAUAAUGUUAUUUAAUAUAUAUAUAAUAUGUUAUCACUUAUCAUUAUUUGUAUUUCAAUGUUGAGUGUGUAUUUGUAGUGUAACCUACCUAGGGAUAAAAAAAAGUUAAAAUUAUAUCCUGCAUAAUAUUAUGUUUUUUUCUCAACAGUUUUAAUAACAAAAAUUACUAAUUUUUAUGUAUCACUAAAUUUAUUUUAUGGCUAUGCCUCUAUAUUCUUGUUCUCAUUUAACAAUAAUUUAGUAAUACAUUUUUAGUCAACAUAUGUUACUCCUUUAAAAAAAAAUCUUUAUCACUAUAAGUUAUAGAAUUAUCCUAUAUUGAGUGUUUUUGUAAGCGUUGAACGACUUUAUAUAGUUAUGUUAUUGUAUAACUCCAUUAUUUAUGUAUUAAUUCCUAGAUUAAAUAUACCUAAAUGAAACUGAACUUCGACAAGCCGCCAAUAAAUGUAUGUUGGAUUUCAAAUAAAAAUAUAGAAUGGAUGAAUACAUAAA